AUGGCGGGUCGUUACAAUUGGCACCUCAAACAGUUGGAUGUUAAUAAUGCCUUUUUGCAUAGGGAACUUAACGAGGAGGUUUAUAUGCAACUUCCCCCUGGUGUACCUUCAUCUGCAGCAGGUCAAGUUUGCCGCUUACAACAUUCUUUGUAUGGGCUCAAACAAGCCAGCCGCCAAUGGUAUGCAUGUCUCUCCAACUUCCUUGUUUUGCAUGGAUAUCAUCACUCCUCUGCAGAUCACUCUUUAUUUUUAAAGUUCACAGGGUCCACUUGCACUGCUCUUCUAGUAUAUGUAGACGACAUUGUACUUGCUGGCAAUGACAUAUCUGAAAUUCGUGCUAUCACUGUUCUUCUUGAUGAAACUUUCAAGAUCAAAGAUUUGGGCGAUUUAACAUAUUUUCUUGGGUUGGAGGUUUCUAGAAACAAAACUGGUAUUCAUUUGUCACAACGAAAAUAUACGUUAGAUAUUCUAUCCAACACUGGCAUGCUCGCUUGUUCCCCAUCAUCUACUCCCAUGGACAAUUCUGUUCAUUUAUCUGCUUCAAGUGGUGAACCUUUAGUGGAUCCAUCGGCUUAUAGGAGACUCAUUGGGAGCCCUCUUCAGUUGAAGGCCUUCAGUGACUCUGAUUGGGCAGGAUGUGUGGAUUCUCAUCGCUCCAUUACCGGCUUUUACAUUUAUCUUGGCAACUCUCUCAUCUCGUGGAGAUCCAAGAAGCAACCAACUAUCUCUCGCAGCUCUUCUGAGGCAGAAUAUCGUGCUCUUGCAUCCACCCCGU